GAUUUAUUCUACCGAUAUAGUAGACUCGUCCAAAGCAUCAGAAGCGUCAGUAUUAAAUGACGUCAAACUCUACGAGUUAAACGCUACGGUAUUUCAGUUUGACUCAAAGUUGCAUUGUCGAGUAAUAGCCUACAACGAUAGUGGUGCAUUUGAAUUAAAGACAGUAGAAAGCAACGAAUUUACACCAAUGACAAUUUCAGCUACAUCCCUUACAUUUCCGCGAGGACAAAGUGCGUCAUUUACUGUAACACUCUACGUUCCGUUUGGUUGUGGUACACACUCUGGAAAUUGUCGACUUCAGUACCUUGUACAUGACCAGUCGGAUUCCUACGAUUGCAUGGGUUCGACCAUAGCAGUGUUGCAUAGCGAUACCUGCGGAGGCAGAAUAACAGGAUCAACCAAAAAUGACAUGGAAACGUUUGUCUUAACGAAACAUGAAACAACUAUAACAAUUGUCGCAAAAAACAAUAACAAAUAUGACUUAACAAGAGAUUUUCAAUUAACACUUCAAACAUACUCGGAUGAUAAUCAAAAGAAGCUAUGGCAAGGGUUUGCAACCACAAUUGAAGUACAUGUAACUGAUGGCAAUUCGAUUCAUAACAGCCCUUGUUAUUCUCAUGUUGAUCCGCAUAUGGGAACUUUUGACGGACGCUCGUACGAAAACCAAAAUUCCGGCGAAUUCAUCCUUGUCCGUCACAAGAAAUACCCCAUUGAAGUCGACAUGAUAACUCAGCCUUGUUCCACUUGGGGUCUAAUACCAACAUGUGCUUGCGCCGUAAACGUUAAAGCUGGCGGUGAUAUAUUCACCAUAAACCAUUGCAGCGGACACCUAACAAAGUAUCUAUCCAAUAAGGAUGAAGCACUGAAAGUGUACCGGGAAAGUUCUUCGGAAUAUAAGAUCAUCCUCCCAACCGGGAUGUCUGUGAACAUAUACUUGAUGACAUGGGGUAACUACGUGAUGAAUGUUGACAUCUAUCCGUCACCACAUGACUUCAAUCAGGUUGAAGGAUUGUGUGGAAAUUAUAACGGCAAUCCAGACGAUGAUUUUAUUAUGCGAGACAGUGGCACUUUGUGGACACCAAGUUUUGAUAACUCUGACAGGGUCUGGUAUUGGGCUGUGUACCCGGAUGAAUUCUCUUUCUCGUGGGACCUUACACACAAAUGGAAAGAGAGCUUGCUUAACCCGGCUGUUUACGAGAAUACGUUGCCUUGGAAUCGGGAUCAAACGUUUUGUAUUUGUCCUGGUUUAUCAGCAAACAACUUUCAGUCCGUCUGCUCCAAGCACGAGGACGAUUCUUGUAAAACUCCAGUUUUUAGACGUGGCAAACUGAUAACUGGUACCCUUCUUGUAUCCAGAGAUAAGAGAGGUGCGGUUAGUAAACUUAAGAAACACAGAGUUGAAGAUCAUGUGAAGCAGCGACUCCAUACAAUGACAAACUCCUGGAAAAAUAAGGUUCUUCAAAUACGCAACAAGCGAGAGUCUACGUCAGCUCCUGGUAAUAUGAGCGCCGAAGAGGCACGUGCGUAUUGUGACGAAGCAUUCCUAAACUGUGCGAGUGUUCAGGCUGCAAAGGAUCAGAUUGAUACGGACCUUAAUAAAACCCUAGAAGACUGUGCAUUUGACAUGGUGAUGACAGGAAAUUCACAGUGGGUAACUGCUCAUUGCGAUGCACAGACUCAGGCAAUACAAAUGAAAAUUCAGAAAAAUGAGACUAUUGCUGAAGUGUUUCCAGAAAUAGUCUCAAUCGUGAAGGAUAGCUCUUGUCCGUCUAAUUGUAGCAGUAACGGACAUUGCGUGGAAGGUGAAUGCCACUGCUUUGAAGGUUAUGGGACGGACCUCUGCUUUAUUCAGCUCUCAACACCACCUCAGCUGCAAGAACUUGGCAACAAUGGGACCUGUGAUAUAGGAAAAGGAGAUCUUUGUGACUGCAUCCCAAUAGUUGGCGACGGCUUUGUCGAGAACGCUACUUGCAACGUGAUCAUAUAUGAGACAAAUGAAAAUAAUGUCUUCAUAAUGUCACAGGCGUUAAACCUUUCAUGCGUAUUCAACGACAUUAACGAAGUAUGCGCACCAGUGCAGGAUGUCAAGCAACGUCGAAAGAGGUCGACAAAAACAAUCCUGGCAACCAUGUAUCAUAUUUCCGUUAGUAAUGAUGCAGUGAACUUUUGCAGUCCGUCUAAAGUUGUUGUUUUGGAUGGCACCUGUCAAGACUUUUUUGAAGAUUCUACUGGAAACACAGUCAUGAUUUUGAAACCGGGUUACUGUUAUAUUGAGGGCAGAUGUGUUGGUGAAGGAACGCCUGGAGAUGAUUUAUGUAUGGAAUGCAAGCCUUCGUUCUCUACAUUUGAGUGGACAAACGCAUGCAAUGGAGGCAGUAAAGAAAAGAAACCAAGCAUGACAGGCAUCGCCAUUGGUAUUCCGGCCGGAGUAUUGGUGCUCGUUGGAGUAAUACUGGUUUGUGUUCUGGUUGUGAAGAAGCAAAAGAAACACACUGCCGUCCAAUCAAGGAUUGGUGUCGGCCUUUAUGAUUAUUCUGCUUCCAACAAGAUGUUUCCGCUGCGUAUAGACCCUGGUAUUUUUACAACAAAAUUUGUUGAUGACGAUGGAUUCGUAUUUGGAUUGCCGGGACAGAAGGAGAGCAAUCCUAUCGUGCGCUUCAAUGUCUACGACCCAGUACCUGAACGACCAGUAUCUGCCCUUUCGAACUCCAUGAUGCACAUGUCUAACACAGCUGAAACGAAUACCGUGAUUGAACGACCAGUAUCAGCCCUGUCGAACCCUACGAUGCACAGGUCAGACACAGCUGAAACGAAUACCGUGAUUGAACGACCAGUAUCUGCCCUGUCGAACCCCACGAUGCACAGGUCAGACACAGCUGAAACGAUUACCGUGAUUGAACGACCAGUAUCAGCCCUGUUGAACCCCACGAUGCACAGGUCAGACACAGCUGAAACAAUUGCCGUGAUUGAACGACCAGUAUCUGCCCUUUCGAACCCCACGAUGAACAGGUCAGACACAGCUGAAACGAAUACCGUGAUUGAACGACCAGUAUCUGCCCUGUCAAACCCCACGAUGCACAGGUCAGACACAGCUGAAACGAUUACCGUGAAUGUACGACCAGGGACCGCUUGGUCGAACGCCAUGAUUCAGAUGGAUGACUUAUUACAAUAGAAGUACAAACAAUACAUAUAAGCUAUGACCAACUGCAGACACCACGCGCACACUAAUUUUAUUCUAAAUGAGGUUUUAUUUUGCAGACAUGUAACACAUGUAUUAAAUAAAUUUUGUUCCAUGAAUAGUAAUGGAAAACACUACGUGUUUUAUAUUGCAAUUAUAUAGUCUAAAAUAUAUAACUAUUUAUUGUAUUCGAUAAAAUAACACUCAAGAAAUCAUUUCAUGUUUAAGAACUAUACAUUUAAUUACUUUUUCGUUAGUUUUGUGUGUUUUUGUUGCAUAAAUUAUCGUCUAACUUAACACCUAUAUCUAAACAGGUUUUAUUCUCGUAUACGUAGGCAUGUACGUUAAGUGUGACAUUUUGUAUUU